UGUGGGAUCCACAGGAGGAGACAGGAGUUUGACAGGCUAAUUUUCCUCUUCAUAUGGCAACAGAGUCGGUGAAAUGUACGUGUGUCUGGCUGCUGUUGUGGCUCUGUGUCCGGCUGUCCCAGACCACAAAUACCCGAGAGUCUAUGGACGAUGACAUCCUGCUGCCCUACACACAAGGCCACGGCCCCUCCCACUCUCAUCGCUAUGUCAGGGAUUGUCAGCCCAUCAUUCAUGGCAACACCACCUAUGAGAGCUGGGCCUCCAGUAACCGCAGUGGGCAGUCGGUUGCUGAGACCACGUUGUUUGUGUCAAAUAUCCCGGGGAGCUCCAGAAUUGUUUAUGGACACAUGACAGUGGUCAACGACCCCCUGAGGACGGUGUCCGUGUUGGAGCCAGGGGGGCCAGGCGGCUGCGAAAUGAGAGUGAGGGCAACAGUACGAGAGACGGCUGAAGCGGCUGAGUGCCUGUAUGCGCAAAAUGCUGGUUUCUUCAAUACAUUAACAAGGGAGUGUCUGGGAAACGUGGUGAGCAACGGCAGGGUGGUGCAGGACAGUGGAGGACUGCAAAAUGCCCAGUUUGGAAUCAGAAAAGACGGCAGCCUAGUGUUUGGGUAUCUAUCUCAGGAUGACGUUUUGGAUCAGUCCAAUCCGUUUGUCCAAUUAGUCAGCGGGGUGGUGUGGUUACUGAGAAAUGGCGAGAUUUACAUCAAUGAGAGCAUUGAGGCCGAGUGCAACAAGACACAGGAAACAGGGGGUUUCCGCACUUUUGUGGAUGUAGUUUCAGCCAGGACGGCAGUGGGCCACGAUGAAGAGGGAAGGUUAAUCCUGUUUCAUUUUGAUGGACAGACAGAAGCACGAGGUUUGAAUCUUUGGGAGAUGGCUGAUUUCUUGAAGAAGCAUGGAGUGAUCAAUGCCAUUAAUCUGGAUGGGGGCGGAUCUGCCACCUAUGUUAAAAAUGGCGUUUUGGCCAGCUAUCCAUCUGAUCAUUGUAUUUCAGAUAACAUGUGGCGCUGUGAGCGAAAGGUCUCCACCAUCUUGUGUAUCCAUAAAAGACUAUGCCAGCCAGCAAACUGCAGCGAGCACGGUGACUGUGUGGACGGACACUGUCAGUGUCAUGAUGGUUGGCAGGGUGCUGCUUGUGACUCUUCGGUGUGUCAGCCAUCAGCUUGCCGACCCCAUGGCAUCUGUACUGCCAAUGGCUGUGUCUGUGAUGCUGGUUGGAGAGGAAAGAACUGCAGCCAAGAGUGCCUCGCUGGUUUCUAUGGUGACGGCUGCAAUCAGACCUGCUCCUGUGUUAAUGGCGGUUCCUGCGACCCCGUCCACGGACGCUGCACCUGCCCUCCAGGUUUCCAUGGCAACUACUGUGAGCAAGUGUGUCCUCUGGGUUUCUACGGUCUGUCCUGUGCUCAUGAGUGUCAAUGUGAGGAUCUGUGUCCAUGUGACCCACAAACAGGAAGUUGCAACACCACACUGCCAGGAGGCACCAACUACACCUUACACACAGCUGGACACUGCCUGGCUAGAAAGAUGUUUACAUCUUGGAGGCAAGAAGAAGACGCUUACAGAAAGCGGCCUUAUUUUACAGAGCUAACGUGGCUGAUCAUCACCCUCACCCUGGCUACUGUCCUCUCAGCCAGCCUGCUGGUUCACCUCGUACAGGCGUGCCGUGUCGUUUCAGUGGCAUCUCACUUUCCCAAGCGCAAGGAUUAUUCAUACGUCCCUCUGAACAACAUCAACGGAGUCACUUCAUGUGCCAGAGGCAACACUGGGAGAGCUGAGAAAGAGGAUAUCCAAUUGGAGGACUCGGACUCUCAGGAUGAAAUUUGGUCUUCCUCACACUCAGGGCAGUUGUAGCUCUCAAGAGGACCAAGGAUAGUGAGUGAAGACAGUUAUUGCACAAAAAGACAACGCUGAACUCGGUAAUCCUCUGCUUUAUUUGCUCUUCUUAUCAAUGACAGGUUUCUAUCAACACUCCUGAUAAAAUGAAACUGAAACUAAAGGACAAAGCACAACAGCUUUAUUGCAGUCUUUAACCCACAUACAUGCCUAAGGUUUUUGUUUACAGCUAUGGUACUUGAUCAGCAAUCUGAAUGUCUCCAUUCCAGCUAAACUCCAGCAAAACCACAACUUUUCAUGUUGUGGUUUUGUGAAGAACUUUAAAAUCUCGUCAGGAAUCUGUACUACAAGAUCGCAUUAAUGGGUUAUCUCACUUAAAUGUCAGUGAAUUAUCUUUCCCCUUAGUAUAAAACAGAUGGAUAUUUUUUCAUAGCUGACUUUCUAGAAUCAGAGUUAACUUGAACGCAUCAGCAGUAUUUUUAAGAUCAGUGAAGCUAUGUAACCAAAGAACGCCCAGACUGUUGAGCUUACUUUAUGAUACUGAUUCCUGAUAGGACAAACUUUUCCGCGUGUUGCAAUGUAAUCGGAUGAAGAAGACGAAGAUGAAAAAGUUUGAUGUUCCAAGCAAAAUGUGGUUCAAUCAGACAAUUUUUAAACAAGAUGAUAGAGUUUACUCAAUUUGCACUGAGCUCCAUGUCUGAAUGUCAAAUAUCUAUGAGAUAAAUGUGAAUAAUCCCUUUGAAUUUCUGUGUAGAAAGGUGCCAAUUUUAUAUUAAAUGUUAUUAAGAAAAUUAUUACUAUGUCAUUUAUAAGCGUAAUCGGACACCCAGAGUGUAUUUAUGAGAUGAUUUAUUUUUGUUUUAAGCGAAAUAAAGUAAAUAUCACGAUUCAGUUUUGGUUGUUCAAAGUAGAAAUCAUUUACUUUUGUUUCUAUGUUCACUUUCAACCUAACACAGUUGUCGGGGCCAUUAUACUCACUGCUCUUGCACUCAAACAGCACCAUCAUGCAAAAGCAACAUCAUCUGGUCGGUGUGUUAGCAUUUAGCAUAGUAGCGUACUAAUAUUGUAUGCUAACUGAAACACCACCAUAAAGACUGACUGCUACAGUUGUUAGGAAAAAAUAAAUGACAAAAAGAGUUGACCUUUUAGAAAAUCUGUCUGCAAACACAGUGAGAUGUGUUUUAAAGCUUCUGACUAAGCUAGCAAAAAGAUCUUGAGUUUUAACUUGUGCUGGUACUAUAGCAACUGGUCUCUAGAUUCUUCAUUACCAGGCUUUAACAAUAGUGUUUUGGCCACUGACUUGUUGGUUUUGUGGUGUCUGAACCAAUCAUAUUUAGACAAGACGUUAUGGUACUAAGUUGUAAGUGUUGAGACAACGCCGGUCUCUGCGAUUCUUUUGGUCCUGGUAGAGAUCACGCUGAGAUGUUUCCAUGUUUUACACAAUCCUUUUAUUACCCAUUAUUCUUACAGAUGCAUCUGGAGAUCAGCACACUGCAUUCCUAUGCAGUCCUAUGCUAAAGGCUGAUCUAAAGAACUCCACACAACCGUUACAGUUAUAACCUCUGGUCUCCUCCCCUCUACAGUAAACACCCCCACAAUGGAAAUACACUAGUACAGUGGCCAAGGGUGCUGACACCCUGACCCCCAUCUCCUUUUAUGGUAGUGUCCGUUUGCCCUUUGUCUGCCCCUCACCCUCAGUAACUCUUGCUACUGUCCUGGGGGUGGGGGUUGAUUGUCCUCCUGGCCUGCACCUCAGUUCUUUGUUCCCAUAACAGGCCUAUUUUCUAUUUUGUAUUCUUACACUCAUUAACCACAAUAUUCUAAUGUUGCAAGCAAUCACAAACUAUAUUCUCUUUAACUCUGAUCUAUAUCAAGGAAUCUAUUCUCAAUAUAAGCAAGCAGGCUUGGUUAGCAAACUGUAUCCAUAAACUGUAAUACAUUGAAACAGAAAUCCACUAAUUACUGCUAAUUAACGAACUUUACUAAACUAAAACUUCUCUCACGAAAACUGAAGUGCAAACUUUUUGGACAGCCUCUAUCUCACAAGAGGCCAUAUUAUCCAAUAGUAUGCAUGAAUUUAUACAAAAGUACCAACAGUACUCAGUUCAGAUCCAGUUCGAUGAUUUGAUCCAGAGCUAAAAAUGCUUUUAAUGUUGUAAAAUUGGGCAUUUUAACAUGAAAGUCUUCUGGAGCCAGCCUCAAGUGGCCGUCAGAGGAACUGCAGUUUUCAGUUCAGCACUGGAGUUUACAGGUUCACUGGUAUACGAUAACAUGUUUAGCAUUAGCCAAAAAGUAAAAUCAUCUUGUUAGCAUGCUAACACCGUUGUAUUAGUCUCCUGUGUUAUAUAAAGAUUGUGUUUGCAUGGAAUUAGCUCUAGAAGUGACUUCUGUUGGCUGUUUGGGAAAAGUAAGUCUGACCCACCACCAAAGUCAGUGGGAUUCUGGAGAUUCUGAGAGGAAUCCACCCAACAUUCAUCAAGAUGGUGAACCAACAGGAAAACAGGCUUAGCUUCUUCUGUUGCUAGAUGUUUUGUGAAACUUAUAUUUCCGUUUUCUUCAUUCUGCACUAACUGUCAAACAGCACAAAGAGAAGGCACUCAGUCAUUUUGAUGUUUUAAUUAACUGUUUAUGGAGUGAUUUUAUGCAUUAUGCUAACUGUUAAAGCCUAUUUUGUAGACGCACUUGUCUUUUUUUCUCUUCACUGACUGGCCUUAUCCUGUCUUUGUUUAUUUGUUGUUCUAUAUCAGCAUUGUGUUUCCAUGAGGAAACUCUAGUGCUGCUACAAAGUGACAAAGUUUUAACUGUGCAGAGAUAAACAGGCUGAACCUUCACCUGCAGGUGACUGGGGCAUACAGUUGUCCUCGGACCUUAACCAUGAGCUGCUCACUUGUCACUUUAAAUAACUUUGUCCUACUUUCACUUUUACAUUUUUUUAGUGAUGAUUUUUUUAACUUGUUCUGAGUUUCCUAUCUUCAGCUUUUUGUGUGUUGCUUGAAUGCGUCACGUUUUAUUUGGCUUUAUUUGAGAACGAUGAGGGAAUUGAGGACAUUUGUAUUUCUGCUCUGUAAGACAGUCUAA